AUGUCGGCAAGGAUAAACUGGGACACCUUGUCCACGAUCUCUUGGGACUCUUCACCAGCAAAGCAAUGUAGAUUUAGUGUAGUGCAAACUGGCAAGAACGCGAGUGACACAUCCAGCAAUACGAACUACGGGCGCGCUGCGGACUGGGCUCUGAGUUUGCGUCUCAAAAACGGCGCAUCAGCGAUUGACGUGCCAUCAAGCGCUCGUGUUGGGGCUGCUUGCCUGGACGGUCAGCGUUAA